CGGCCACACUGACGCAGCCGCCGUCCCCGCCGCCGCAGCAGCAGCCCAGGAUGGGUGACGGAACUCUGCAAGAAGGACACCAAAAGCUGGGCGCGGAGUUCUGCGCGGCAUACUAUGACAACGAGGGCAGUUGGCACCCUGGCUUCUACUGCCGCAACGUGCAGGGGCAGGCCUUCUUCUGCUGCGGAGACGCCCACUACAAGUACUGCUGCCGCAAGCACGACCAAGUCCCGCAGCAAACCUCCAGUUUCACAUUGAUACUCGGUGUCAUUUUUGGAGCACUAGCUGCCAUCGUAAUUGUUAUAAUUGUCAGCUGUUUCUACUGCUCCUGUUGUAUUCUUUACAAGAAACGUCAGCCUGCCACCAAUGCUGGACGGUUGUAUCAGCUCCACUGUUCAUCUACAACUAGUGGUGUUGCCAACAUGUAUUCCUUAUCAAACCAACACAGUCUAGUCAAUGUUCCCAUGGAUACUGCUGUUCUGGUUGACCUGGAAGCAAGAGCUAUGACUGACGGACGGCCACAAGUAACUAUGGCUCAUGGGCAUACAUUCUCCUUCCCAUCUCCAAAAAAUGCAACAAAUCAUGGAAUUAAGAAGGCUGACGGAGAACCAAAUACAGAGGAGGCAACCAUGAUUAGACCUGCAGCAGCACCUCCACCAUAUAAUGCGAACCAACAGUGUCUUCUUUCAGUUCAACCAAUUAUGAGGUCAACAUUUAGUCCAUGCUGCACGAGCACAUUGACAAGAAACACUGGGCAGCCUCCAUCCAUUCUUGAAGAAGUAAAUUCGGUUCUUUCCAGCUCAGCAACAUCAGAGGAAACUGGUGGUGGAAGCUCAUCACUUUCUGGCCUGAGCCCAUACAGCAUGCCAGUACCUAUAAAUAAAACUACAAAGGAUGAAAUACUCUACCACUCCACAAAGUUUUAAUAUGAUAAAUGUAAAAAUAUAAUUUUUAUAAAUGAAGUGAGCCCUCCUGUAUUGAUAAUAGCAUAAAGUUUUUCAUACGUUCUUUGUACAAUAUUUUAUAGUUUUCGAUAAGCAUUUUCAUCAUCUUUGUGUUGCUUAUAUUUGCAGCAAUUUAAAAAAAAAAUCAAAGGUAAAAUAACCCUCCCCCCACCACACACACAGAGUGAGAGAGAGAGAGAGAGAGAGAGAGAGAGAGAUUCCCAUAUAAUUUUAAUUAUUCUAAAUUCCACCAUUUCAUUUGAAUCACUGUGAGACUAAAACAUUGAAUAAAAUUCCUGUCACCUGUCUUUAUAAAAAUAGUAUCUGUGAGUCUUACCAAACACAUAUUCCUUCAUCCUACUAUCAUAUUAGAUAUGCAAUUUAUUCGCUUUUUAUGUUCUUCUCUUGUUUUUUUAAAAAAUAAAAUUAAUUUGUGGUUCCCUGUGACAAUAAAAAUCACAUUUUCCUUUCCUGGAAAUGCUUCCAAUUCACUGCUAAAAUGCACCAAAAGAGAAUGAAACAUUACCUAAAAGAUCAUUGUAGUGUUGCAUUUUCCUUGUGGCAGGACAUAGUUUGUAAAAACAUACUAAAUAUCUGCCAUUCAUUGGAUGAUGAAGUAGCUCAACUGGAAUAUGACAACAUUUAAAAUCCUGUAAUGUUGUAUAUCACAAUUCAUUGUUUAAUGCAAUGUCACUACUCAGAAUACUGGAAAAAUUGCAGUAAUAUGUUGAAAUAUAUAAUGUGCAAAAUAUUGUAAUACUUUUUAAAGUCAUUUCAUGUGUAACUGUUUCAUCUUACUGUUUCAAUAAAUGUAUUUUGUACACA